ACAGGACCCCCUCAGUUCUGACCGAACCAUAAAUCUUCAUCUACCCAUAACAACAACUUAAACUCCAACAAUCUUGGAAAAAAGAUCAUUCUCCACAGAAUACUAAUAUAAAAAAGGAAGUGAAAUCAUCUUAAAAGUGCUCAACAGACAGAAAUGGGAGUUCUAAAAGUGGGAAGUAGACCACCAUGGGUUGGUCUUGGCGCUGCAGUUUGGGUCCAGAUUGCUGCUGGAAGCGCUUAUACGUUUCCUUUGUAUUCUCAUUCACUUAAAUCAGUACUUGGGUUCAGUCAACAACAACUUACUAUGCUUGGAGUAGCUAAUGAUAUUGGUGAAAAUGUGGGCAUUCUUCCAGGCAUUGCCUGUAACAAGUUUCCAUCAUGGGCUGUUUUGCUGGUGGGUGUUUUCGCUUCUUUCUGCGGCUAUGGUGUUCUCUGGCUUGCUGUUAGCAGGACUCUUGUCUCAGUGCCUUAUUGGGUUUUGUGGAUUGCACUUUGUGUCGCCACUAAUAGCAGCGCGUGGUUUGGUACAGCGGUGCUUGUUACAAACAUGAGGAAUUUCCCUCUGAGUAGGGGCACAGUUGCUGGACUUCUUAAAGGUUAUAUUGGGCUAAGUGCUGCGGUAUUCACAGAGGUGUACAGUAUGCUUCUUAAUGAGUCAGCUUCGGAUCUGUUGUUGUUUAUGACCCUGGGCAUUCCCAUUACAUGUCUAGCAAUGAUGUACUUUAUUCGGGCAUGUACUCCUGCUUCAGAAGAGGACUCAUCUGAGCAUACUCACUUUCUUUUCACUCAAGCAGCGAGUGUCACACUUGCUGUCUAUCUUCUUACAACUACGAUACUGAAAGAUUUAUUAUAUUUAAGCAACUCCGUGUCCUACAUUUUAGUUGGCAUCAUGGUUAUCCUUCUCAUGUCUCCUCUUGCUAUCCCCAUCAAAAUGACCAUAUUUCCUGCAAACAAUAAGAAGCCUAUUCACAAGUCUAGUUCUAUAGACAACUUGGCUGAAGGAGACAGAGAUACGACCUUAGCAGAUCCGUUGUUGACACCAUCUUCAUCAGCAGCCAAUCUUGGAAGCUACUAUGAGAAUGAAGAUAUAUCAGAAGUUGAUAUGCUUCUGGCUGUGGGGGAGGGAGCCAUAAAGAAGAAAAGAAAGCCUAGGAGAGGAGAAGAUUUUAGAUUUCAUGAAGCCGUUGUCAAGGCUGAUUUCUGGCUUUUAUGGGUAGUAUACUUCCUUGGUGUUGGUUCUGGAGUAACUGUCCUAAACAAUUUGGCACAGAUUGGUGUUUCACUAGGUGUUAAUGAUACAACAAUAUUGUUGAGUCUCUUCAGCUUUUUCAAUUUUCUGGGCCGUCUUGGAGCAGGUGUUAUUUCAGAAUUCUUUGUAAGAUCAAAAGCAAUCCCUAGAACAGUUUGGAUGACAAUCACACAAGUGAUAAUGGUUGUAACAUACCUGUUAUAUGCCUCGGCUAUAAGUGGCACCUUAUAUGUUGCCACAGCAUUUCUUGGGAUAUGCUAUGGUGUUCAGUUUGGUAUAAUGAUCCCAACAUCCUCAGAGCUUUUUGGCUUAAGGAAUUUUGGUAUAAUAUUCAACUUUAUGCAGUUGGGGAAUCCCAUUGGUGCACUUCUCUUUUCUGGUUUGCUUGCUGGGUAUGUAUACGACUCAGAGGCAGCAAAACAGCAAGGUUCUUCUUGCUUGGGUCCCGACUGCUUCAGGCUCACAUUCUUGUUCCUGGCUGGAGCCUGUGGUCUUGGUACUGUAUUGAGUAUAAUUCUGACAGUCAGAAUCAGGCCGGUCUACCAAAUGCUUUAUGCUAGUGGUUCUUUUCGUCUGCCACAUGGUGCUGGUCACUAACAUAUGAAGAUAUGUAGAUGCCUGCAAUCUAAUUAUGGACUCAUUUCAUGGAGUAGAGUAAAAAAUAAUGUAUGCAACCCUCAUUUAUUAGGCUAAGAUCUGAGACUUCAUCCUCGUUUGGGGACUAGCAUAUCAUGGACUCGACAUAUUCAAGAAAUUGUUGAAACAUAUGUAUAUGCAUUAAGAAGAUUAUUAAUGUUAUGCAUAGUGUUCUUCUGAGAGGGAUGUUCUGGUCUGCCUCGCGAUAUCAAAGAUUCGCCUUGUGACACUCUUCCUCUCAGAACACACAUGCACCCUCUUCUAAGGUUAUUACCGUGUUG